AUGGAGGGUGGGAGCGGUCUGAAGGGAAAUGGAGAUAACCUAGGCUACCUGCUUUGUAAAUACCGUCAAGGUCGUUUCCGGUUGUCUUUCGAAGCUUACGUAGAAGCUGACAAACUGGAAAAAUAUCCUGAUGCUGAAAUUUACUGUGGCUUGGCCGAGUGCUCGUGGAACCUGGGCGAUGUGGAGCGCGGAGUGGAGUGGGCGAGGGCUGCGGUGCAGGCGGGAGGCGGCGAGAGAGCGGGCGCUCUGUUGGCCAGGCUAUACUUGGCCAGUGACCAAGUCGAGGCCGCCCUACAAGCCUACGAUCAGGCCAUUGCCGCGGGAGCGUGCAGCGCUGACACCCUAGCGGCCGCUGGGGCGCUACGGCUGCGCUCUGGUGACCCCCGCAGCGCGUUCCAACUUCUGGGGGCCGCGUUGGCUCAGCAACCCAGCCAGCACGGGGCGGCCCUGGCGCUCGCAGCGAUGCUAAUGCAACAUGGGGACGAGGAGGCGGCCCUGGCGCGUCUCAAGGUGGCCCUGUCCGCCCACCCCGCUUGCGUAGCGGCGCAUUCGAACCUGGGGCUAGUUCUGUUGGCGAAGAGGAAGUACGUCGCCGCCCUGACGUGUCUCCAACGCGCUGCGUGCGCGGCGCCCCUCAGCGCGCGGGCCGCCCACAAUCUAGCAAUAGGGCUGCUAGCAUGCAAACGCCCGGUCUCCGCUUUUUGCAGGCUGGCAACCGCCGCCUCGCUACAGCCGAAGCAGCCCUACACAGUGCUGCUGCUGGCGGUGGCUCUGGAGCGGCUGGGAGACGAGCGGGCUGAUGCGGCGUACUCCAGGGCUAUGGCGCUCCGCCCCCAAGACCCUCUCCUGGCCCUCAACGUGGCGGCGAGGCAUGCUAGAGCCUCCCGCCUUACCGAGGCGGCAUCAGCGGCCGCCCACACCGCGCGGCUGCUCCUGAUAAACCCUGACCCUCAGCUGUCCAGCUCUUUAUCGGUGCUGCUGAGCCAGUUGCGCGACGCUGGGGUCGAAGUGACGGAGUUGUCUGAUGCUGCAACGGAACCUGCCACCGCAUCCGAGCAACCGGACACGCCGGACGACGACCGAUUCGCACCAGACGAAGUU